AUGCAGGAAGAGGAAGAUCGGAUUAGCCAACUCCCUGAUGACAUUCUUCUACUCAUCCUCGAUAAAAUCGACAUAUAUGAAGCGGUUAAAACAAGCAUGAUUCUCUGGAAAAACGUGUGGCGUUCCCUCCCCGGCCUCCGCUUCCACUUUCGUCCCGACACCACCCCCCGCCUCGUCCACUUAGAAGAUUUUACCAUCCACUCUAGCUUUGUUUCCCAGUUGCUAUCUCACCGUGACGCCGCAGCCGCCGUCCACGACUUCCACCUCUUAUUCGACGGCCCUACCCCCGAUCCACAAUGUCCAUGCGGAGUUGACAGGGAAUUCUUGGACGAAUGCGUGCUCUACGCCAUCAAUCACGGCGUUCAAUCCCUUCGCCUCCACUGGCCCACCUACCGCAAACUUAGGCUUCCCGCAGCGUUUCUCACCUGCGAGACACUGCGGGAGCUCGAGCUCAGGGAUUUGUUCUGCCCGGUUAAACUACCUGGACGCUUGUCUUUACCAAAUUUGAAAACCCUUCAUCUUCACACCCUCUUUUUGGGCUUCGACGAUCAUCACCAUAGGAUGGACCCCUUUUCCGGCCUCCCACAGCUGGAGAAACUUACUCUCAUCAGGUUAGUGUGUGAUGGCCUUGUUCUUAUAAAGGCUCCAAAGCUUAGUCUUCUUCAAAUCGAGGAUUAUUCUUUAGAACUAAAAGAGAUAUCGGCCCCAUUGCUUACCUCAUUUACAUAUAAGUCUUCUAAUGCUUGGGAAUGUCCAAAGCUGAAUCUCCCAAUCUUGGAACAAGUCUAUUUAGACAUUCAUGCGAGUUACAUUGAAAAUCAUACCAACUUUCUUAGUAUGCUUCACCAAUUUGGGAAUGCCACCACAGUUUCAUUGACUUCCAACACUCUGCAAAUUCUCGAAUGCGAAUUUGGUUCCUCUGAGCAAACUCCUACUCCAUUUCCCAACGUGAAAUGUCUCAAAGUGAUGAAAGGACGUUAUGUAAAUCCCAUAGUGUGUCCAAGUGUAAUAAACGAUUUGACAAGGACUUUGAACUGCGAGGUGGAGCUUUCUCCUAGUGUAUUUGUUAGUGAAUAA